AUGCAGAUUGAAACGGAAGCCGAAGUGCCAAAAUCUUCUGCACAGCAUGCUGACGCGGACUCGCGUCCUUCUGACGAGUCUACCGCGGCUCCUCUGAACGAGGACGCUACAGCCGAAGCAACUAAGAACGUUCAGACUGCCGACGAAGAAAAGGAGACACCGCCGACGACCUCUAAUGAAACCGAGGGCGCUACUGCGAGUCACUCAGUUGAUGAGAAAGUGGACAAUUCAGAGGACCAUCCCAAGGAAUCGUUGAAUGAUCCGGAAGACACUCGUCAA